AUGCAUAGGGCUCUUACGGGACGUCUGCUUAGGCAGACAUUGAGGGUAGGCGAAGCUGUACCUUCAGCAGGAGUGCCGCUGUAUUUGUGUCCUGCAGUUGCAGGUCUUUCAAGCAGGCUCUCACGUAUAAGUCUGGGAGCUGCAGCAAAGGUUUCUCAACGACGAACAAAUCAUACCGACACUAUCACCAGCAAUAAUGAAUCAGCGCCGCUGCCGUCGAAAAUUUCGGAUUCACCAAUCAAAGCUGUGCGAAGAUUGCCAUUGACGUGUUCUGGGUGUGGCGCAUUUACGCAAACUGAGGAUCCAGAGCAGUUGGGAUACCUGGAUAUUGAUAAGAGGAGAGUAAGAGAAUGGAUGCACCCUCCCAUACGACAUCAAAGUCAUUUGGAGGGCGAUGAAGAUAAGGCUGUCAGAGAGACACUUGGAUCUUUAGAUCAGAGCAGAUUAAAAGAACUUGGUCUGGAUCCUGCCAUGCUUAUGGAGGGUGGCGAGCCAGAGACUGAGGCCAAGAACGUCACUUCACAAAAAGCGCUCGUUUGCGACCGCUGUCAUGAUUUGCUACAUCACAGUACCAAAGGCAACACUGCAAAGGUUACAAUGUACCAUCCGACAGUCGAAUCUCUGCGCGAGACCAUUGAAGAGUCGCCUCAUAAGUACAAUCACAUCUAUCACGUCAUUGACGCCGCCGACUUCCCCAUGUCUCUCAUUCCACGACUUAAUGUACUGCUGGGAGAUGUCCCGCUACGCACGCGCAAUCGACGGUCUCGAGCGGGCAAGUUUCAGCAUGAUCGCAAGACCGAGAUGAGCUUCAUCAUUACCAGGAGCGAUCUCUUGGGCCCAACUAAAGAGAUGGUAGAUGCCAUGAUGCCCUAUCUAAAAGAUGUUUUACGCCAGGCUUUGGGCAGAGUUGGUGAGCGGGUCCGUCUGGGAAACGUCAGGUGUGUCAGCGCGAGAAGGGGUUGGUGGACAACUACAGUCAAGGAAGAUGUUUGGAACCGCGGUGGUGCUGGAUGGAUGGUGGGCAAAGUCAACGUUGGCAAAAGCCAGCUCUUUGAAGCCAUCUAUCCAAAGGGCAGGAUGACCGAAAAGCCCGAGCGGGCUGGUGGAUCAACACGCCAGAAGGAAGCCGCCACAACUAACUCAACGAUGGAUGAGAACGUCUUGGAAAGCGACGAAGGUCUAGCAACAAUCAAUCUAGGAUCUCUGCUUCCACCUCCCCAACCGGCCAAGAACUACCCAGAUAUGCCCAUUGUCUCAUCCCUUCCUGGAACAACUGCAUCUCCUAUCCGUAUUCCUUUCGGUAACGGCAGGGGAGAACUCAUAGAUCUACCUGGAUUGGCCCGCAGUGAUCUUGAGUUGUACGUGAAAGAGGAACAUAGGCAGUCUCUUAUCAUGAAGAAGCGCAUUGUUCCCGAGCAGAUCACUGUCAAACCUGGAAGCUCUAUUGUCCUCGGCGGAGGGUUGAUUCGGAUAACGCCACGGACACCAGACAUGAUUUUCCUAAUGUAUAAUUUCACGCCACUCCACGAGCAUCUUACGAACACGGAUAAGGCUAUCGAAUUUCAAAAUCAAACUCGCCAAUCCAUGGGUCUUGAAAACAUCUCACUGCCGGAUAUUGGAGAUAAGAUGAAACAUGCUGGCACAUUCAAACUCGAACACGAUGUAACCAAAAAGAGGGCUGGACCGUUGACCCGAAAGAACGCAAUUGGGCUGAGUGUCGAUACCCUUCCUUUCCGCGUGCUGUCUGUGGACAUACUCAUCGAGGGCGUUGGAUAUGUGGAGAUUGUAGCUCAAGUUCGCAAGCGACACUUGGAGCGCAUACUUGCCUCCCAAAAUGCGCCGGCGGAAGUUCAGAAAGAGACGAAGCCCAAGGCGACGCCGCAGGAUACCACCGACCCGUUUGCAGAUAUGUACAAUAUGAGGAGGGAUAUGUCUGUUGACGAUAAGGCCGUGGAGCCAAAGGUUCAGCUGCAGCCCAAAGAGUCGCCAGAGUGGCCGGCCGUGGAUGUCUACUCUCCGCUCGGCCAAUUUGUGGGAUCCAGACAGCCGAUAAACGGGUGGCUGAACAAUAAGCCACGAGAGACUGCGGACCAGAAGAAGAGCCGACCAAGGAGAAGUAUGAAGGGGGCAAAGAAGCUGGAAAAGAAGCGAAGGGGCGAACACCAGGCUGCGUAG